AUGAGCUGCUUGGAAGAAAUAAGUGGUGGUGUUACGGCGGUGGAGGAAUUUGACCACAGCAGCACGGUUCCUUAUGGCUGUCAGAAGUCAAACGCACCAGGAGAGACAUGCACACUCUGUGUAAAUCAUCUCAACUACACCAUCAGUGAGAAAGUUGGGCCUUGGUGGGAUGUUCGGUCAUACCAUACAAAGUGGACCAGACAUAUCUUGAAGGAUGUCUCAUUUUAUGUGGAAAGUGGACAACUUAUGGGAAUUUUAGGAAAUUCUGGAUCUGGGAAGACCACUUUGUUGGAUGCGAUUGCAGGAAGAUUAAGUAAGCAAGCAAACCUAUUUGGUGAUGUAUAUGUGAAUGGCUGCAAACUUAGAAAGGAAGAAUUCCAUGACUGUUUUUCAUAUGUUUUACAGAGUGACAAUUUACUCAGCUACCUCACAGUGGAAGAAACUUUGACUUACACAGCCUUACUAGCACUACGUGGACAUUCUAAUGCCAUCAAAAAAAAGGUGCAGUCUGUCAUGUUGGAGCUUAGUCUGAGUCAUGUGGCCAAUCACGUAAUUGGAGGCCGUGUUUUUAGGGGGAUUUCUGGUGGUGAAAGACGUCGGGUCUCUAUAGCAGCACAACUUCUCCAAGAUCCCAAAGUAAUUUUGCUUGAUGAGCCAACUACAGGGCUGGACAGUAUGACAUCCAACCAGAUUGUUCAGUUACUUUCUGAACUAGCUCAUAAGAAUAGAAUAGUCAUCUUAACAAUUCAUCAACCAAGAUCAGAACUUUUCAAGUUGUUUGACAGAAUUGGCAUCAUGACUUGCGGAGAAUUGGUGUUUUGUGGUGAAACUGAAGAAAUGGUAGAAUUUUUCAGCAGCUGUGGGUAUCAGUGUCCUGAAUACUGCAACCCAUUUGAUUUAUAUGUGGAUCUAACAUCUGUUGACACUAGAAGCAAGGAAAGAGAAAUUGAGACGUACAGUAGAGUCCAAGAAAUUGCAUUCUCUUAUCGAAAAUCAAAAAUAUUUAAUAAUGCACUGAGGAAUAUUGAAGCAGCAAAGCAAAGAAAAGAAUCAUUAUCUAUUCCUUUCAAGAGCAAAGCAUCUCCAAAUGCAGCUGCUAAACUCUGGAUACUAAUCAGACGAAUUGCAAGGAACUUAUCUAGAAACAAGACAGGGAUUAUCAUGCGUCUCUCCCAAAAUCUGCUCUAUGGUCUGUUUGUGGUGUUUUUUUUGAUGAAGCUGAAUAGUGAUCCAGCGAAGGGUGCAGUGCAAGACCGAAUUGGGAUAAUCUACCAAAGCAUAGGUGCCUCACCUUAUACUGGGAUGCUGAAUGCGGUCGCUUUAUAUCCUCCACUACGGGCUGUUGGUGACCAAGAAAGUUCAGAUGGCCUUUAUCCGAAAUGGCUGAUGUUCGUGGCUUAUAUCAUUCACAUCCUUCCCUUCAGUAUCAUCAGUGUGGCUAUUUACAGUUUCUUCGUCUACUGGACUUUGCGAAUGUUUCCAAUGUGGGAACGGUUUGGGUGUUUCUUUGCUGUGCUCAUAGUGCCACAUCUAGUUGGUGAACUACUGACAUUGGUCUUACUAGGUGUUGUUCAGAAUCCAAAUAUAGUAAACAGCGCUGUGGCCUUAAUUAAUGUAGCAGGAAUUCUACUUGGAUCGGGUUUUUUAAGAAGUGCAGAAGACAUGCCUGAACCAUUCCAGUGGCUGAGUUACCUCACAUUUCAGAAAUAUGGAGUGGAAGUCCUGAUGGUUAAUGAAUUUUAUGGUUUAAAUUUCACGUGUGUCAAUGGUGAACAAUCAUCUCCUAACAACACAAAUGUUCCUUGCUGGUUUACACAAGGAAUUCAGUACCUUGAUUCGACAUACCCUGGGGCACCUUCCAGAUUUGUGUUUGAUUUUCUAAUACUGUAUGCUUUCUUGCCUGCUCUAGUUAUCCUCGGCAUUAUCAGUUUCAAGGUUAGAGAUUUAAUUAUCCAGAGGCACUGAGAACAAAGGGCUGCAUCUUGAGAUGCUUACAACACUCCUGAAAGAAUGUGAGGAACUUAAUUUUGCAUCUUCCUUCUGAUAGUUUUCUCUUUUCCUUAGACUUCACCUGCUGUAUUGCCUCCAAUACUUCAACCACAUGAGUGUUAUUUAUGUUUGGACACUGGAUAAUAUUGUCAGGCUGGUCAACAUCGCCCAGCCAGUUCAAAUCUGUUCUCAAAUAUGCAUUUCUAAGAGGGAUGGUAUAGAGAAGAGGAACCCUGACAUUUUUUCCCCUUUUUAUUCCACCCUGACACCCUGCUUGCCACUUCAGACACAAUCUGCUAAUUUAGCACAGACUUGGAAUCAAUCGUAGGAUGUUCUUGGUCUGUAUGGAUUAGCUUUUUAAUGGACGUACUCACUGAGACAUGAGAAGUUGGAAGAGAUCCUUUAUAUUUAAACAGACAUGGAAUUGGAAUCUCCAGUCAUGCUUAAAUGAAAAGUGAUCCAGGACUCGGGUAAAAUGUUCUUUUAAAAAAAAGUGGUGUGGCCCUUAAUACAGAAAGUUGCAUCAGGUCUGACAGCUGGCCAUUGCACAUUGGUCUCAAAAGAUUUUGGGCAAUUAUCCCCAGAAACCCAUUUCUAAACAUUCUCUGGCACAAUGAUAUCUAUUUGAUGUCACAAGGCUAUUUUAACAAAAAAUGUUAUGAAAGCUUUUGUCUUUUAAAUAUAAGAUUUAAUUUGACCAUGAUUUUUAAUAAAGAUUUACUUUCAUUCCAUCUGGCAGGUUGCAAGUUGUACAGAGAUUUAUUAUUUAAUGUGAUAUUCAGCAGAAGUUUUUAGCAUAAUUGUUUUGAAAAUGUGGUUUUGAAGAGAGCACAUUACUACUUGAUCAAGAAAUGGUUUACAUUUUGGUCAAAUUAUAUUGUGAUUUGUAAAACAAAUUGUGUGAAUGUGAACAUAUAUAAAAUAAAGCUCAUUUAUCCCAAGGGUAAAUUUUGAGGCACAUUUUGUUUUAUGUUCAGUUCAAAUUUUACUAGUCAGUCAAUAUCUUUAUGGAUACAAUUCUCCAGAUAUUUGGUCUAAUAGUUAAUAGAAAGCUGUUCUAGUGAAGUGUAAUUAAUCUGUUCUAAAAGGCUUUCCAGGGUCUAUUUGAGAAGGUCUUUCUACAUUUAGUCAACAAUUAAUUGGCUGUAAAAUUCUGAGAAAUAUAAAGUGCUAUAGAAACUCAAAUCUCUAUUUCUGGAAAACAAUUUGACAGAUAUGUCAGUGUAGUUACCUGCCCAAAGAUGGGUUCUAUGCUCAUGUUGUGACACCUCAAGUUCCUGCACUUUCUCUUUGAUGUCAAAUAUGGGACACUUUUAACUUAUAACCCAAUAAGCAAUAUGACAAGGGAAAAUACAUGAGAUGGUUUUCCUUGCCUUCCCUUGCUUUAAAGUACCACAGCUUUAAGAGGUGUAGUUUGUUCUGUUUUUUUUUGAGAGGUUGAGACAGAGGUGACAAGCAGUCUACUCCACACCAAUAAACAGCUUGAGAGCCCUGGGUACUUUUUAAAAGUUGGAACAAUAGAAGCGGCAUGAAUGGGUGGAAUCACCUCCUGCAGAACCAGGGUUUUAUUUUAGCUUUCAGUAGUUGCUGGGGUCUUGAAGCUGGAUGUGGAAGCUAUUAUUCCUCUCUCUGUUACAGCUAAAAACUGGAGUUCUCUCUGCUGCCAGAAUUGCAUGUGGGACAAUCUAUUUUACUGAAUUGGCCUUUGCCAAGAGUGUGUUUAUGGCAUGUUACUAUAUUAGAACAGUUGCUGUUUCGUAGUUAAAUAAUCUGUUAAUUUUUCUAAUAGAGUUAGGUUAUUCCUAUUCUUCUUUCUUUUGUUUGUACUUUAACUAUAAGCUGAGUAGUGUAACCAAUCAAAUUACCUCUGGAACAUAGCACCUUACACUUGCCUUUAAAUAAAAUUUAGGAUC